UAUAUAUAUAUAUUAAAAAGAAAAAAAUUCGUGCCCAAAAAAGAAAAAAUAUCUGGAACUAGUUACGGAGGUAACGGCGACUCACCGGACGUUAGUGAUUAGCGCCAAUUUGAGGUGUGCUCAGCUGCGCUGCAGCAAGACGAACGCCUUCGCCAUGGAUUACCUGAAAUCAGUUGUACCUUCACAACUUAUUUCCGAACGAGGUUCAAAUUUGGUAGUGAUAAACCCUGGAUCUGCAAAUAUUAGGAUUGGGCUUGCAUCGCAGGAUGCUCCCUUUAAUGUUCCUCAUUGCAUUGCUCGUUAUACCAAUCAAGUGCCCAAGAGAAAUGUUCAAGAUCAGAUGCUUAAUUCACAAGUUACAACUGCACAGCACAUGGAGCGGGAGAGGGCAUAUGAUGUUAUUGCCUCGUUGCUAAAAAUACCGUUUCUGGAUGAAGAGGUUGCUAACAGUUCUUUCCCGCGCAAGAUGGGACGAGUUGAUGGGCAUAAUAUGCAUAAUGGCAAGAAGGAUACUGACUUUAGUUGGACAGACGUACAUGAGAGGGACCCUACUUCGCCAGUGGCAGUGGAAAGUUCAAGCUCCAAGGAUGUGAACCAUGAGCCUUUGGACCAGCACGUAGAUACUGAUUCCAAGGAGCUUAGUUCUAGUGUAAUCAAAUAUAGACAGUUUAUUUGCGGUGAGGAUGCUCUUAAAAUAUCACCCAGUGAGCCAUACUGCCUGCACCGUCCUAUUCGCAGAGGUCACUUGAAUAUCUCACAGUAUUACCCUACGCAACAGGUACUUGAGGACUUGCAUGCUAUUUGGGACUGGAUUUUGAUAGAGAAAUUGCAUAUCCCUCAUACUGAAAGAAACUUGUAUUCUGCUAUUCUAGUGGUCCCAGAAACAUUUGACAACCGCGAAAUAAAGGAGAUGUUGACAAUAGUAUUGCGAGAUUUGCGGUUUGGUUCAGCAGUGGUUCAUCAGGAAGGGCUCGCUGCAGUUUUUGGGAAUGGACUAUCUUCAGCAUGUGUUGUUAACAUGGGAGCACAGGUGACAACAAUUAUUUGCAUUGAGGAUGGUGUUGCCUUGCCCGCCACAGCAAAGACUUUGCCUUUCGGUGGAGAGGACUUAUCUAGAUGCCUCCUGUGGACUCAAAGGCAUCACCAAACUUGGCCACCAAUUCGUACUGACAUCUUGUCGAAGCCUGUAGAUCUUCUGAUGCUUAAUAGGCUGAAAGAGUCAUACUCUGAAAUUAGGGAAGGGGAGGUCGAUGCUGUUGCUGUAGUACAUUCAUAUGAAGAAGGCGCCCCUGCUGGUUCUCAUAAAACAAGACUCACUGCGCUUAAUGUGCCACCUAUGGGCUUGUUCUUCCCAAUGCUAUUGGUUCCAGAUGUGUAUCCACAAGCACCCCGUGCAUGGUUUCAUGACUAUGAGGAUAUGCUGGAAGAGACAUGGCAGACAGAGUACUCCAGAAGACCUGAUGUACCGGAUAAUGUAUAUCCUGGCGUUAAUGUUAAUUUCCCAAUGUGGGAUAGCUACCCGGUUUAUGCAACUAAGCCAAAGAAAGAAGAGAAAGUCGGCCUUGCUGAAGCUAUUGUAAACAGUAUCCUGUUAACAGGGCGGAUUGACCUCCAAAGGAAACUGUUCUUAAGCAUACAGUUAGUAGGUGGGGUGGCUUUGACAAGAGGUCUUAUUCCUGCAACGGAGGAAAGAGUCUUGCAUGCAAUUCCUUCAAAUGAAGCAAUAGACACUGUUGAGGUAUUGCAAUCAAGAACAAACCCUUCUUUUGUAUCAUGGAGAGGUGGAGCGAUUAUUGGAGUGCUUGAUUUUGGGCGGGAUGCUUGGAUACAUCGUGAAGACUGGAUUAACGGUGGAAUAUUUACUGGAAGUGGCAGAAAAUACAAGGAUUCUUACUAUCUUCAAGCACAAGCGAUGUGCUACAUGAAUUCCUAAAAGAUGAUAAUCUUUUCUAGCGUUCAGAAUCUAACCAAUUCUUGCUCCAACCAGAAAGGAGUCAACACAGGUUUUCAUUUGUAAAUUUUCUCUACUGCAAAUAUGUACUGAAAUGAUGGUGAAGAUUAGGGUCAAUUCGGGAAUGGAGCCCUUAUCCUUAUACUGAAGCAAUAAUUCCGGGUGGUAAAGAUUGGAGAAUAGAAAAUUGCUCUUGCUCAUCUGAGUAUAGUUUAAAAAAAUGCUCGAGUUAAAUAUGUUUCAUUUGAGUUUGUAUUCAUUUUAACUUGUGGUGAGGCGAGAAUGAUACACAGUAAGAGAAAAUUCUAAUUGGAAUUACAGGAAUUGUAUCAUGAUUUUCAUUAACAACCACAACAUAGGAUAUUGAAGAAGAUUUAAUGAUAUGUUCUAGUUCUAGUUCAA